AUGCCUGACCGCCGCCUGUCGCAGCUGCUCAAGUCGAAGCUUCUGCGCCGAUCAUCGACCACGGCUACGACCUAUGCAAAACAGAAUCAGAAACCCGUUAACGUUCAGAAAAAGGCGGCCGCCGGAGCGGAUCCGCCUGUCGACCCCAACUCAACCUCCGACCUUUCCUGUUCCCUGCCUCCUCAUCUCUUGACCCCUAACGAAGGAGAGGGUGAUGCCAAAUCCCGUGCCUACAGCAUAGUUUCCUCCAUACCCCUCGACCAUCCCAGUACCCCCGACGAGAUUCCUGGUCCUGCUACUGGUUCCUCAGCGGGCUGCGAUCAGUACUUCACCCACUUCGACCGAUCGGGCGCAAACUCACAUCAAGAAGGAUCGCAGAACGGUUCGAUUCAGCAGUCUCCGACAUUCACAAGGACCCUUCGGCACAAGCAGCCGACCGAGGAAAAAGACAAGGGGAAGUCACAAUCGCGGGACGGGGAUCAAGAAGGCGAAUACCGCUACGAACGUAUCCGGAACGGCUCCAACGACUCCGAUCCUAAGUACAGCUUGACCACAGAGCUUGCCAAUAAGCCCUCUACACCACAGACUCCCGCUGGCGACGACUUGCUACAUCCAGCGUCGGGGACCCCUCCUCCCCUUUCGGCUUCGCUGCCAGGGCCCGCUGGCGCAAGCUCGCUUCAAUCAGCAUAUCGACCAGUCCGAGAAAAUUCCAGCGUGCCACUACUCGAUCCACAAUUGACUCCGUCCUUGGGUGCUGUCGCUGAGGACUCUUCUGGAGAAUCUGUCUCCCAGUUCGUCGGCCCUCCGUCGUCGUCGCCGUUUCCGAAGCGCCCCACCAUUGGGGUCCGCCGUCAGUCGCUUCUUCCAGCCUCACAUCAACACUUGAUCAGUGGUCUUCUGGGUUUCGGGCCUUCUCAGAACCUCGACCUGAGCAACGGCCACCCUGCCACAGUCAACGGUGAGAUGAUUCCUCGAAAAAUCUGGGUCAAACGGCCAGGUGGCUCGGCCACCCUGGUACCGACCAUGGAAAAUUCGCUUGUCGACGAGCUGCGCGAUCAAGUUAUCAUGAAGUACGCGAACUCUUUGGGGAGAACAUUUGAUUCACCUGAUAUCAUGAUCCGCAUUUCUCCUCGAGAAGGCUCCAACCGGCAGUCUACGCCCGAGCGGAUAUUGAGUCCUGAGGAGCCGUUGGGUGUGGUCAUUGACACUUAUUUUCCUGGUGGUCAGACGGUGGACGAAGCGUUGGUCAUAGAUAUCCCUCAACGGCGGACGCCGAAACCAUCCCCGCGCCACCCUGUCUAUUAUCACCAUUCGGAACCGGGCGAGCAUGGCGACGUGAACGCCCAUACGGCCCCCUCAAUCUCUAUUCUCACCACGGGUAUGGCGCCUCCGCUACCCUCACCAGGCAAUAGAGCAAACCGACAUUCUCGCCGGCCACCACUCACUCGACAUACUACCAACUCACCCACAAUGCUUGGUACAGCGCCGAAUCCAAAAGACUCGAGUAUGGCCUCGUGUCCUCAACCUCCCGCAGCAGCGCCCCAGGUCCCUACGCCGCCUGGUCCUCCUCCGGAAUCUCCUCAGACCAAAACGCACACGCCGCCAGCGCGUGUUGCCUCGCCGCGCCCGCGUCCCACAAAACCGAAGAAGGGCGGCAACGGCCAAUCGCCAAACGCUGCCUUUGGUGGCCUUAUUGAAGGCACGGUACCUCCCAUCAACGUCCUCAUUGUCGAAGACAAUAUCAUCAACCAGAAGCUCCUGGAAGCUUUCAUGAAGCGCCUCAGCGUCCGUUGGAAGUGCGCUGCGAACGGUGAGGAGGCGGUGAGGAAAUGGCGCCAGGGUGGGUUUCACUUGGUCCUGAUGGAUAUCCAACUCCCCGUCAUGAACGGGUUAGAUGCGACAAAGGAGAUCCGGAGACUUGAGCGCCUGAACGGGAUCGGUGUCUUCACCAAGACGGCCUCGGGACGAUCGAGUGCCAGUUCUGUGUCGCCAGAAGUGAACCAAUCAUCAUCGGAGCUUUCGCUGUCUGAGGAGGAUACUCUACAUGACUUGUCUCUGUUCAAGAGUCCCGUUAUCAUUGUCGCUCUCACCGCUAGUAGUUUGCAGAGUGAUCGGCAUGAGGCUCUGGCUGCCGGCUGCAAUGACUUUUUGACCAAGCCCGUUGGAUUUCCUUGGUUGGAGCAGAAGGUGACAGAAUGGGGCUGCAUGCAAGCUCUGAUUGACUUCGAAGGCUGGCGGAAAUGGCGAGGAUUUGCCGACGAAGCCCAGUCACCUUCUCCCACCGAUGGAGGUCUCACCAGCCCUCUGCAGACGGGCGCUAAUGGUGUGUCCAGUAGAACCUCGACCUCCUCGUCAUCUGGAGCAGUCAACGCGACGGCCCGGGAGCUUGACGCAGGUCCUGGUGUGGGCAAACGCAAGUCCACCGUUCCCGAAUUGACCAAGCCCGUGGAUAUCCUUCCUGGGGAACCUCCCGGAAGUGGUAGUGGCGAGGGCAAUGAGACCCUUGAUUCACCGGCCAGUCCUCUUACCUCCCUGCAUGUUGGUGACCCGACUGAACCUUCUGGCGAUGAGGAGCAACAAGCUCUUGAUGCUACGUAGUCAGUUGCAUUCUCCGCAACUCAGGCCUCAAUAUCUCCCUUUGAUGUCAUUAUACUCACAUGGUUUGUACGAGGAGAGUUCCUUUGUUUGAUAUUACACAUUGUUCCCUCCCUCCAGUCUCUUACAUGUCCCGCUUUUCUGUAUCUUCCAUUGGAUACCCAGCAUAGCCAUUUACUCCUCGAGUCCUUCUACCAUACAUGAUGCCCGUACCUUGUUGAUUCGUCCAUUUCCAGUGUUUACCAACAUCUCCUUUGUUGAGCGGCAUGAAUCCAUUGUAUAUACUACCACUGCUUUAGCGACAUCCUCUCACAUACGAAAGGAGAUGUCUUGUUCUGCGUUUGUUGUUUUGUGAAUCCAUGCAUCACCGCAUUGUCUUCCGCAUUCUCCUUUAUUUGUUAGCCUAAGGCCCUUACUGGAUUGACAUCCUGAUACUGGCAACUGUUCCAAUGUUUCCAAUGCUAUUGUCUAAUGAGACCAG